CACCUUUCUUCAAACUCCCCAAGCCCACGCUUUCCUCUUCCUCCCAGAUCCUCUUCAUGUCUUUAACUACAAAUCCCAACACGCAAUUCACCUAUCAAUACCACACUAUCCCUAGUUAUAGAAGUUUUACAAAGGAAGGUUCAGGUGCAAGUACUUGAGGUUUUAAUUAAGGGCAAGCAUUGAUGGCUGCUGGAGACAGAUGGCAUCCAUGGAACAAAGAAAACGAAGGAGAAGAAGAAAGUUCCAAAGAGGGAACCUUAUGGCAGACUCAUGCGAGCUUCUGAAUCCAGGGAGAAAAUCUGCUGAUAUAGAGCAAUUAGCUCACAAAUACAUGCAAAAGUGCACAGUUGAGUCCAGCACCGAAUCUGAAUCGGAUGCCAAUACAGAGGUGCUGCCCAACAAGAUGCUUUUGGAAAGAUCCCGAGAGAGAACAAGCCACACAAAGCUUCAAUUCUUGGAUCCUUAUGAUGGCGAUUAUGAAGAAAUGUCAGGCAACUCUGACAGUAGUUUGGGCUCCCUUGACUCAAGUCACAGUAGGACGAUCCUUCUGAGGCAUCCCAGCACUGAGGCUUGGACUCCGGAAGACCAGGAGCCCCUCUCAGCCACCCCAGCCAGGGAUCAACCUCAACUAUAUGAAUCAGCUAAAGUAUCACAGCUGACCAGAGAAUCUUCCUGGUUUAUGGGACCAGAGCAUUCAAAACAUGCUGGGAUCUCUGAAAAUACAUCCUCUGAGUUUGUACUGCAACCCAUGCUGAUUGAAUGUGAUACCAGGCUCUGUGAAGAUCUUAAUGUCAACAGGAAGCAAGGGCGACCUGUUCUAGAGAGUGCUGGAGAAAAAAUAAGAAAGAAACUGCGGGUGAUUUGAGCUAUUGAUGUAAUGUGGGCAUGUCUAUGGGUGAAGCACUGCCCACUGGAAAGGGACACCUAUUGGUAACAAUAAAUGAGGUGAAGAUCAUAAA